UUUGUCACUUGAGAAAAUGAAUCAUGCAUUCUUCGCCAGUAAAUAAUCCUGCAUCGCUGGAUCUGCCCAGGUAUCAGUUUGACUAUCUGACUUGGCUGAGUGGAUUCUGAGACCGCAGUCUCCUUGCAAUGGAGCCACAGGCACCAAAAGGAGAAACCAAACCUGCUCAGUUCACAAAGGAAGAGUUACACCUGUUAUAUGAAGAAGCCUUGUAUACCUUUAUUCAUCGCAGUGGUAAACCCUCAGCACCCCACAGUGCAGAUGAGAAUGAACUCCUUAAUUACCUGCAGAAUGCUUUCCAAGUGAACCAAGAAGAACACACAGUUAUUCUGAGGCAGAUCAGGCAGCUAAAGCCACCCACUGUAUUCCUGAAGUUAACAGUGAAGGAAGCCCAGGGAAUCUUGGCCAAAGAUGCAACUGGCUUCAGCGACCCUUAUUGUAUGUUGGGGGUGAUGGAUCCCGAAGAGCACCAAGAAGAAGAGGCCAACAAAGCCGACAGUCCCCUGCCCAGAAGACGACAGAAAGCUAUCGUGAAAGAUUCAAUCCCUCAGGAUCAAAUUCAGAGAACAGAAGUUAAAAAGCAAACCCUGAACCCCAUUUGGAAUGAAACAUUUCUCCUGCAAGUCAAGGAUUUCCAUCACUGUGAACUACACAUGGACAUGUGGGACUCGGAUUAUGAUGAAUCUGUGAAACACCGACUGGGAGAGAUCCAUGGCAUUGUUGGACUCAAGAGGAUUUUGAAAGAUGUGAAAAAGGCUGCUCGAAAGCAUGAACAGGACGAUUUUCUGGGAAAUGUGAUCAUUAAACUACAGGAUCUGCCCUAUACUCCUGAAGAUAAAUGGUAUUCUCUGGGACCUUGUACUGAGACAUAUCCUGAUCGUGGGAAGUGUCAUCUCCAGCUGAAACUUAUUCAUGAAGAGAGGGACACCUCACUGAGCAAGCAAGAGCCAGUGUUUCGAAUCCAUCGCAAUCUGCUGCAACAGUUUGUACAGUAUGAUAGGCUGCAGAAGCAGGCUGAGGCUAUCCAAGGGGAAAUGGAGCUUAGCAAACCAGCCACCACCAUCUUGUCACUUCAUGCCACACAGAAUGACCUCUCACCCUUCCACCAAGAUCUGGCGAAGUGGUUGGCCUAUAGCAAACUGUACCGCUAUGUGGAAGUCAGCUUCAUCUCCCUGCUCCAACAUCUCACCAGCAUUGAGUACCAAUGGGGACUGGCACAGGUCACACUGCAGCAAGAGGCCCAAGAUGAGCUAGCUGAGUCUUUCAAAUCAUUCCUGGAUUAUGGAAUUUCUCUUAUCCAGAAAUACAGGGACGUCUUUCCAAUAUUCGACAACAAGUCUACGGAACGCCAGCAAUCUCUGCUCAGGGUGCUGGUACAGAUCUGUAAGAUGAAGGCUUUCCUGAAACUCUGCCCUUCAGUUCCAGGUCUCCAUGACAGAGUUGUGGAAGCGAUUAAGUGUGGCACCAGAGACUGGUAUCAAGCCCACAAACAGCUUUUGGAGCCCAUGAUAAAGACUGAGGAAGAAAUUGUGAAAUCGCUGGUGACACUCAUAGAACACCUAAAUAAUGAUCUGUUAAACGACCGGAAAAAGCGGAUGAAGAUUUUCAUGGGCACUAUCAAAGUGAAUCUGUUCAAUAUCACCUACUUGCAGUUCCAGGAAUUGGUUGCUCAGGAUCUGCAGGAACAAGUGAUAAAUAUUGGAUCUGGCAGGUCCAAGGCAACUGUUGAAGGUUUAUUCCAGCUGUUUCAGAAGCUCAAACAGCUACAGCAUCAACGGAUUUACUUAGUACCAGAUGACCGUCCUCUUCCAUUGGAUGGCUUCCACAAAUGGUUCAGCGAACCUUUACCCAAGUGGUUGCAGAUGGUGUAUGAGAAUUCGGUGGAGAUGGUUCAGCGGGCUGUGUGGAAAGAUCAGCUGGAGUCUAUGGGAGAAAAGAAUAAACACAGUACCUCUGUUGUGGAUAUUGGAACCUGCUUCGCCAAGAUCAAACACACGUGGACCGAGCUGAGUUGGCCAGAACCUGAGGAAGCCUUUGUCAUCAUGGUCAAGCUAACAGAGGACAUGUGCAAGAUUGCAUUAAUGUACUGUCGGCUAAUUGAAGUGAGGGCAGAAGAGCUAUCAGUCAAGCACUGUCAAGUAAACGCAAGUGAUUCAGACAUCCAUGCAGUGAGGUCACUACAAUUAUGCGUGGUACUCAAUAACAUGAAGCGGCUUUGGGAGGUUAUCUCCAAGCUUCCAGAUGAACUGGACUGGCAAGGCCUGAAGGAAGACACAGCCGACAUGAUUCCAGAGGACCAGAUCCAAAGCACACUGCAUACUCAACUGGAAACGUUCAAUAGCUCAAUCAACAACAAGAUCAAGGGGGUGAUCCAGACCCUUGCACAGAAGUUGCAAGCCGACAUAAAGAUUCACAUCCACAACCUGUCUGCAUCCAGUGACGCCGUUCCAUUGGAUGAUAUGAUUGUUCCUUUAAUGAGCUUCCUGGAAACUGAGUUUGCAUACAUGGACAGCAACCUAGUGCAAGAAAAUUUUCAAAGCCUUCUAGGUUACCUUUGGACGGAUAUAAUUGACAUCAUCUACUCAACUUCACGUCAAGGUGGUGUUUCUCCGAAGUUUUAUUUGAAGCUAAACCAUGCUUUGGAGCACCUGCUGUACUGUUUCCAUGCUGAGGGAAAUGGUUUGCCACUUAAUGAACUACAGACCACCAGUUUCAAGGAUCUGAAGGCUCACCUGUCUCUGAAUGCAGCAAGCACUCAUGAUCUAAUCCAGAAGUUUUAUGCAAAGAAAAUCCAACAACAGACUGCUGACGAAUGUUCCAAGUAUGGUGCCGUGACUAUAAAAGCCUGGUACGACAAUGAAGGGAAAAGGUUCCAUGUGGAAAUCCUAAAUGCUGUAAACCUCAUGCCACUGGAUUCCAAUGGUACCAGUGAUCCUUUUGUGGAACUGACUCUGGAGCCUAAACACACCUUCCCACUGGUAGAGAGCAAAACAACGAGACGCAUUGAUAAUGACCUCAACCCACUCUUCGAUGAGGCUUUUGAGUUCAGCAAUGUUACUUCGGAGCAGUGUCGGAGAGAGGGGGCCUGCCUAUUUAUCACUGUGUUUGAUCAUGAUACUUUGCUCAGUGAUGAUCUAGAAGGGGAAGCUUACUUCUCUUUGCAAGACAUCCCAGGACUGGACAGCACUGAGGAACACCUCAACAUCAGCAAAGUUCCUCAGAGCCGAUUGGCACUCAGCCAUCCAAAACCAAACGAAGACAACAUACUGAAGUUAUUAGAGGCACGAAAAGGAGAUAGAGAUGCUCAGGCAUUUGUCAAAGUACGAAGACAACGGGAAAGGAAGUCAAAGGAAAGAUAAAAAUUGCUGCAACCUCAAGUCCUAACACUGGAAGGAAUGCGAAACACUGGACUUUCAGGCACCUCAUCUCCUUCAUUCUGUAACAUUGACGCACAAGUGCUUGAGACUGACUAAAACCCCACACCCAGCAUUAGGCUUUAAUGGAAAAUUCUGAGCAGCAUGACUGGUUUACCAUUAUGUGUGUAUGAAGCUUUGGGAUCAAGUCAACCCAUCUCCCCACCUGUCUUGCUGUGUUAGUGAAGACAAGUGAGAUUCUGCUGUGAAAUUCUCACUGGCAAUUUUUGGGGCUUCAUGCUAUUGGUUUCUUCCCUGAAAGCUCAUUGAAUUUUUUUUUGCCUAGUGCUGUUCCUUUUGAUUUCUCAGACUCCUGGAGUGAAAAUUGGGAUUGUCUGCACUUGUUUUUGUGUUGUGAUCGCUGAAAUGGCACCUGAAGUGUGCAUGCACAGAUCCUUGUACUGGACUCCAUACUGGUGAGGGCAUUCAUGUGCAGAGUGAAAACCAGUUGGACAUAUGCAGAGCAGACUGAAAUCAAUCAAGAUGUCACCUUUCACUGAUUCGAUAUUAUUGGUGCCGUUUUGGAGCUCAAUAGACUACCAGUGUCUUCAGCCAAAAAUGCAUUUGUGUUUAGUUUGUGUUUUUGUCAUUUUAUUUAAUGCAAGAUUUGUAUUUGCCUCCAGGUUUUCAGACUGUAUACAGGCUUGGCCUCGAGUGAAAUCCAUGCCCUCCUUAAGCAUAUGGCUUCAGGCUGAAUUUCAAUGAUGCUUAGGAAGUGCUGCAAUACUGGCAGUGUUAUACUUCAUACAAAAUGUGAAAAUUCCCAAAGCACUUGCUGACCAUGAGCUCUCCCUGGUUUCCUGGCUAAUAAUUAUCCCAUGUCCAACACCUGAAAACAGGUUAUCUGCUUAUUUUAGAGUUAGUAGGAACUGCAGAUGCUGGAGAAUCCGAGAUAACAAGGUGUGGAGCAGGAUGAACG